AUGAAUUUAUUUAAGCAAAAACAAAGUGUAACGAGUUCUAUAUCUCAUGUAUUAAUAAAUAAGCAAAAAGGAAAAUUUCCUGAACCAAUUGUAACAAUAAGACAGCUGGAAGAAAAAGAUAUAAAUGAAGUUAGACAAUUAUUGUAUGAUCAUUUUAACUCUUUAACAUUACCAGCAGUCAUAUAUUGGUCAAUACAACAUAUUUAUGAUUUGUUAGUUAUAAUUGUUAUAAAUUACAUUUUUUUUUUGGAUUUAAAAAAAAUUUUUUAUUUCCUUAUUAUAUUUGUAAUAUAUUUAUAUAUAAGGGCUAAAUUAGAAUUUUUAAAUCAUAUAAGAAAAGAUUGCCCAGAUUUAGAAAAUUUAUAUAAAAGUUAUAUAAAUGUAGAAGGAUGUAAUUUUUGGGUAGCAGAAGUUUAUGACAAUAAUUUCGGUUCAGGUAGUAGAACUACAUGUAGUGAUAUUCACGAAAGAGAAAAGAUUAUGUUUGAGCAAGAAGAAGAACAAGGAAAAUUAAUAAAUAAUGAAAAGGGUAAUUUAAAUGAAAAAAAUUUAGAAGAAAAUAUAAUAAAAAAAGAUAUAUUAGAGAAAAAUUCCACUUAUGAAAAUAAUGAAAUAUCUAAAGAUUUGAAUACACCAUUUAAUGAUAAUUUAAAUGAAGAUUUUAAGAAUAAAUGUAACACUAAUAAUAAUGAAAUAGAACAGCAAAAGAAUAUAAAUAAUAGUGAAAAUUAUAACACAGGAGAAAAUAUAAAUAAUAAUAAUAAUAAUGAUACAACUAAUAAGAUAGAUAUUUUAAAAAGUAAUGCAAGUAAUUUAUUAAACAAAGAAGACAAUAAUAAUAACAUAAAUUUCAAAGCAAAUAAUUCUCAGAAUGAGAAUUAUAUAUUAAAUGAUGAUAAAAAUAAUAAUAUAAAUAUUUGUAAAAUUGACAAUGUAAAAGAUGAUUUAAGUGAUAACUUAAUUAAAGAUAUAAACAAAAACACAGAAACUGAGAUUAAUAAAAAAUAUAAUAAUAAUUUUAAUAAUUGUGAUAAUUCAAAUAUAAAAGAAGAUAAUAAUAAUAAUAAUAAUGUAUUAAAUAGGCAAUAUAAUUUAAAUAAUAAAACAUUAAAUUCUAAAAAUUCAACUUGCAAGCAUGAUGAAGAUACAGCUCAGAAUAUUUAUGAUAAUUCUGAAAAUGUGAGUAAUAAUAAAUGUAAACUAAAAGAAGAUUUAAAAAGAAAUACUAUAAUGAACUCUAUUGAUACAGAAGAAAGAAAAGAUACUAAAACCAAUGAUAAUAAUGAUUACAUAAAUGCAAAGAAUUGCCCUGAUAAUAGUGCAAAUGAAAAUAAUAGUAAUAAUGAAGAUAAUUUACAUAAGACAAAAGAUGAUAAUGAGAAAAACAAUGUAAAAAUUUUUAAUAUUGAUAAUUUGAAUAAAGGAAAAAAUAAAAUGUUAUGUGAUAUACGUGAUUUUAGCAGAAAACAGCUAAUUGCGAAUAAAAGAAAUGUUCAAUCUGGAUUAAAUGAAAUUAAGAAAAAAAUAUUAAGUAGUAAAAUGAAUGAAGAUGAAGACUUUAAUUUUCGUUACUUAAAUAGAAAAAUAGUUGGAUGUGUUGGAAUUGUUCCUUUUAAAGGGGACAAUUCAAUUGCACAAUUAGUGCGCAUGGUUGUCAAAAAAGACAAUAGAAGAAUGAGAAUAGGAAGUAGAUUAUUGAUUCAAUUAGAAAAUUUUGCUCAUGAGCAAAAUUAUCAAGAAUUAAAAGUUUUUACAAAUAAUUUAAAUACAGAUAGUUUAUAUUUUGUAAAACAAAAUGGCUUUAAUUUGUCACAAAUUGUUAGAAGAGGAUUAAUGAGAGGAGAUUUAUUAAUAUGGUCAAAAAUUCUUAAUAAAGAUGAUUUUUAUAAAUUUAAUUCAGCAGAUGUACAGAGUUACACUAAUAACAUAUUAGAUUGA